AUGCCGUCCCCUGCAAAGAAAAGAGCGAGCAGAAAGCCUUCACCAGCCAGACAGCUACUGGAUAAGGUGUCGAAGCCCUUCAAGAAGAGUUCAACCAACAAGCCAAGUAGCGGAGAUGUCCAGCCCGGUACAUCAGACGUAAGCACGUCGACGAUUCUUGAGGCGGAACCUUCUCGUACCAGGGACAAAGAUCUCUGGAGGAGAGCCCUGCAGAAGCUCAAGGAGGAGAAGCCUGACGUCUUUGAUCACGUCCAGUCUUUGGCUGCUGCGGGUGGUAAGCCUCUUGACUCGGCUCGGCUCAUAUCAAUUUACAAAGACAACAUACGCGACAUCAACAUGAGAGCUCUCGCGCAACGAUAUGGGCGCCGUCGGAGACUGAUCCAGUGGGGCCGCUACCUGCAGGCAUUUAAUGCUACCUCGAUAAGAGCUGGUCGCUUUGAGCCCACUGGUGGUGCGACUAUGGGGAUCGGUGUGUUUACCACGGUCUUGGACAUUGCUCUUUCCAAAGUCGAGCUUGACGAUAGUCUUGCGAAUGAUCUAGAUGACGUCUGUUCCAAGAUUGAUCGAUGUGCUGACAAGGAAGCGAAACUACUGCAUAAGAGCCAGACAUGCCCCCAGUCUCUCAUUAAUAAAGCAGAUGAAUACUUGGUGGCUGUCUAUGCCCUUGUGCUUGAGUAUAGUACGGUAUCGAGAGAGUAUCUCGAGUUGAACCCAGCUGUGGCGAUGGCUCGCGUAGUCGAACUCAGGCCAGAACUCAAGAGGAUCAAAGCGGAUCUUGAUACCAAGUUCAAGAUUUGCGAAGACUCAUUCGACAAGAUCAAAAGCGACAACGAGUUCUUCAAAGCGAACCAAGAGAUCCUGAACUGGAUAUUCAAAGAUGAUUGCAUCACUGACCACUUCAAGCGGCGAAAAGCUACUCGAAUCGCAGAUCAGUAUGAGCGGAGCGGUCAGUGGCUUCUGGAAUCGGACGAAUUCAAAGGGUGGGACUUGGAUGAUGGACUGCAAGUCUUGUGGCUUCGCGGAACAGCUGGCACUGGAAAAUCGACAUUGACUGCUGGUGGCACCAGCGAAGUCACAAGCGCCGAAAAUGCAGAAAAUGCGCUGUUGCAGCAGCUGUGUGAAAUCAAGGGCGAGGAUGCCAUCAUCGAGCCGGUAGCCAACCUCUACGGCAAGCUGAGUCGAGACCGGCGAGCCGGAGCGCAACUUGCGAAACAAGAGCGGAGGAACUUGCUCGGUGAGAUCUUUCAGUCAUGUCGUGAGACACGAAUCGUCAUCGACGCUCUCGAUGAGUGCGCCGAAUGGUGGGACUUGCUGAGAACACUGAAGGAGGCCGCAUCUUCCCACGCAGGGAACCUGAAGCUCUUCCUCACGAGCCGUCUCAACGUCGAUGUCGGUGAGUACUUUCCUCAAUGCGUCACAGUAAUGCUUGACGUGGAUCUGACGAGGGAUGACAUGGAAUACUUUGUCAACGAAGAGGUGUUCGGGCACGAAGAUAGAGCGAGGCUACUGAACGGCGAGUAUCCGGAAAUCGAGAAGGACCUCGCCAAAGUACUGCUGGAAAAAUCACAGGGCAUGUUUCUGUGGGUCAAGCUGACAGUGUCUCUCUUCUUUCCCAACAAGCGUUACACGACGGCGGACUGGAGAGAGGUCAAAGAACGCAUCCGGAGACUGCAGGCAUCACCCGCUGGAGCAGACGACCAGUUGUGCGCUGUCUACCAAGAGAUCUUCGACACCAAUGCCCCUCACGAGCGGUCCAGACUUCUCGCCCAGCAAGCCCUUCAGAUGGUGCUUGGAGCCUUCGAACAAAUAAGCUGGGAUCAGCUGAGAGACGCACUAGCUGUCACCGAUCCGAGUGCGGCGGGAUAUUGCCACGACGAUAUUGAUCGAACACUAACCGUGAAUGAGCUGAGACAGAUUACUCAGAACCUGCUUGUAACCGGUCCACGUCACGACGAGACGAAUAGCGAUGUGCUCCAGUUUGCGCAUAUGUCAGUCGUCGAUUUCCUGCUCAAGAGCAACGACUGCUACUCGCAGCUGAACUGCCACAAAGAAAUAUUUCGGCGUUGUCUCUUUUUCGUCAAGCAUGCGGCCAAGCAGCUGCAUACCUACCGCUCGCGCCUAGACCAUAGUUGGGCUUUCUUCGAUUGGCAAGCCUAUGAGGACGUGACGCUUAUGGCGCCAGACGAAUCGAAGACGGGCGAUCUGGGCACAGACGACUUAAACACGGCCAAAAUCGACACUUCUAUACUGCAAUUGCGUUUGAGCGAUACUGGUGUAAUCGAAGCUGAACCAGAUGUGGAAGACUCCGAAAUCCAACAAAAAGGGUCUUGGCCGAAUGCAAUGUAUGUCACUUGGCGCGCAUACGCUGAGCAGAGGAGGCUCUUCACGCCUUAUGCGUACAUGUUCUGGGCAAAGCACUGCGCCGCCGUUCUGAUAUUGUCCGAAGAAAAAGAUGGGCCAAUGUAUCAGGACACGAAUGGACUUCUGGAUUAUAUUGCCGUCGAUCUCUUUGGUGACGAAAAAUGGCUCGAACCGCUUCGCCUCUGGCUGCACACUAGAGAGUUGCUGCUUUGCCGUGAACCACGUCAUGUUUCUGCUGGAGCGAUGGGAUGGUUCAUCUCUGCUUCAUACGGCGUUGCUCAACUCGCGGAGAAGCUUGUCCGGCAAGAUCGGUACAACAACCCGAAGAGUGCCAACUCCCGAGACUUGGCAGAAGCGGUCAAACCGCGGUAUCCUGUAUCAACAUGCAUCGAUCGAAACUGCUGGCCAAUCUGA